AUGGAGGUAUUUGAGAUUUUUAUUAUUAGAUAUAUCAAUUAUAUUAAUAUUUGGUCAAUAGAGUUAACCAGCCAAAACUUUUACCAAGAAUUUAGGGAUGGAAUUUUACUUGUGAAUUUAUUGAAACAAUGGUCAAGUUUGUAUGGCUAUAAUAAUACUGAAGGUGAUUUGGUGAUAUAUAAAAGGCCAUUAAACAGAUCUCAAGCACUUAAUAAUAUUAAUUUAUGUAUAAAUUUUAUAUUAAAUCCACCAGAAAAAAGUCAAUUGCCCGAAUAUUUAAGCGGAGAGAAUGAAUUAAUAAAAGCUGAAGAAAUAUAUGAUAUGAAUGAAAAGAAUGUGAUUAGAUUUAUUAGUACUAUAUUUCAUCAUUAUUUGAUUCCAUAUUUACGGGUUAAUUCAAAAAUAAUAAUAAAUAACAUGAAUGAGUACUUAAUAUUACAUGGUUUAUCACUAUCAAAUGAAACAAUUAGAAACUUUUAUAAAAUGAUUAUGAAAAAGAACAUUAAUCAGAUAAAGGAUGAUGAAUUGUUGGAAAGAAUAGAAAGUUGGAAUAAAUAUUUGAGUUUAAACAUGGAAGAAAUAAAUGAUCAGGAGAAAAAUAAUAGUAAUUUAAUCAUGUUAAAUAACGAAAAAGAGGAGGAAAAAGAACAAGUUUAUGUGAAUAAUUUUAACUACGUCAAAAUGGAGCAAAUUAAUAGUAAAACAAAUAAUGAUGGAAAAUAUUUUGAACCAAAAUAUAUUAACUCAUUACAAUGCGAUAUUACUUCAAAUGGUUUUAUAUUAAUAAUGAUCAUGUUAUAUCAAAUGGGGUGGAUAGAUACUGCAAUUUUAUGCCAGAUGUAUUAUGUACCAAAAACAUUAGAGGAGUUUAAAUGGAAUCAUGAAAUAGUUUACUAUUCUUUUCAAACUAUAAAUAAAUAUUUGAAUAUACAAAAAGAAGUAUCAAUAGUUAAACAGCAUUCUUUAAUUAAACAAUUUGAAAACAAUUUUUUAAUUGAUGAGAGUGAAAGUGAUGAUGAAACCAUGAAUAAUAUUACUAAUUGUGAAAUACCAUUUAUAUUAGUACCACUUUCAAGUUUAUAUAUGGAAAAUUUUUCACCUUAUGUAUUAUUACUACAAAUUGAAAUAUUAUAUAAUUUACUAACACAACAAAUUGAUAGUAAUUAUGAUUUUACAUCAUAUAGUUCAAAUAGAUUGGCAGUAUAUGGCCCAUAUCAGCCAAUAAGUCUGGAAUUAUUGGAUGAACUGACAUACAAGGAUGAUUAUCCAUUGAAUUGGACUAUGGGUAAAUAUGAAAAUAAUAUUUCUGAAGAUCAGCAAGAAGGAAUUGCUCAAGAAGAAUAUGAAAAUGAGGAGAGAGAUUAUGAUCAAGACGAGAAUAUUUUAGUAAUGGAAAAUUAUAAGGAUAAUCAAUUAUUGGGUGUAGAUAUGGUGAAAAACAAGAGUUUUACUGAUAAAAAUACUUCAAAAAUUAGUAAGGACAAUCUAGCUAGAAUAGAAGCAUUGAUAAAUGAAUCAAAUAUGAAGAAUUUUAAUGAUAAGGCUUUUGAUAAUAAUAAAAGGGAAAGACUAGCAAAUAAUAUAGAUGGAAAAGAUAACGAUAAUGAUAAUGAUGAUGAUUAUGUUGUUGGUUCAAUGUAUGAAUAUUUACAAGAUAAAGAAAAAGAAAUUGAUGUUGAAAAUAGAGUGUUAAAUUUAUAUGAGAAUAAUGUAGAAGAAACGGAGUAUGAUAUAGGAUAUAAUUACAAUGUUAAUAAUAGAGAAGAAAGAAAUUAUACUGAAAAUACUGGUAACAGUAACAAGAAAACUAAUAUUAGUGAUAAUAAUAAUCAUCAUCAUUCUAAUAAAAAAAUAAAUCCAAUUUUAGAAGGUGAAAUGGACCAAAUGUUUACUGGUUUGGAGAAGGAGCUUGAAAUUUUGAAGAUAUAUGACGAAAAUAAUUAUAAUGAAAAUUCAUCAAAUAAUGAAAAUAAGAAAAGUCAAAAUAAUAACAUUAAUGUUGCAAAAAUAUUUCAAGAGAAAAUGAUGAGUAAUACCAAAGAGUUUAAAGAAAAGUUCUCACAUAUAUUGACUAAAGAAGGAAAUCAACGAAUUAAGGUUAAACCAUCAAUAUCAAGAACAGCAUUAGAAGAACAACAGAAAAAAAUCCUUGGAAUGGUAGAUAAUGACGAUGAUUAUACUUCAAAGGUCUUUGAUAUAACAAGAAAACAAAGUGAUGGUGUAAUGGAAAAAAUUUCAACAGCUAUAAGUGAAAACAAUAAAUUAUUAGAAAAAUUAAAGAUGAGUAUGAAUGUAAAUAAUAAUAAUUCUCAUAGUGAAAAUAAACUCGAGUUAUUUAAACCUAAUGAAAAUAGUAAAAGUAUUAUAUCAAAUCCGAAAGAAUCAAAAGAAAAUAAUAAUGAAUUGAAUAAUGGAAUUAAUGAGAUAAUAACACAAAAGUUUGACAGUUUUCAAGAAACUUUAUCUAAUUCAAAAUCACCAACUACUUCAGAAAGUAAUAGUAAAGAUGAUUUAAAAGAUAAUUUCAAUGUACCAAUCAAAAGAGUUUCUAGGAAAAAAAAGGUAAAUAAAGUUAGCUUUAGUGAUCUCGUUCAAAUGGAGGUUGAAAGAACUGCUGUAAAGAGCUAA